AUGGAGGACUUGGAAGGUAAUACCACUGUCUUCUCCACCCUGAGAUCCCUCAACAACUUUAUUUCACAGCGCAUGGAGGGGCUGUCCGGGCCGCCUACUCCAGGAUCGUCUCAAAGUGCCUUGCAGAUUCAGUACCAGCAGAGGAUGCAGCUGGAAGAACAAGCUGGGCAUAUCCACUCCAAAUCCCAGCUCCUGCAGGUGGAACGAGAGAAGAUGCAGAUGGAGCUUAGCCACAAACGAGCUCGCAUAGAGCUAGAGAGAGCAGCUAAUACCAAUGCUAGGAACUAUGAGCGAGAGGCCGACCGUAACCAGGAGCUGCUCACACGCAUCAAGCAGUAUCAGGAGAAGGAAACAGAAGCUGAAAAUAAACUGAAAGAACAAAUGGAGAUGAACAAAUCCUAUAAGAAGAGCAUGGAGACUAUGAGUAAGAAGCUGCAAGAGAAGGAGAGCAAAUUAGCUGAAGCUAAUGAAACAAUCACUGUAUUAAAAGGGAAAAUAUCAGAGCUGCAAUGGAAUAUAAUGAAUAAAGAGAUGCAGAUGACAAGCCAAGAAUCUCAGAAGCAGGAGCUGAUGGAACAGCUGGAUGUUCAACAUAAGAAAUGGCAAGAGGCUAGUCAGCAAAUCCAGACCAUGCAAGCAACACAAUCUCUACUGGCAGAGUAUGAACAGAAGAUUAAGGAUCUGGAACAGAAGUUCUCCCAGCAGGAACAUGAUGCUCUAAUUGUCAAGAACAUGAAGGCAGAACUGGCCCAUUUCCCAAAAAUGGAGCGGGAAUUGCGCCAACUGAGGGAGGAAAAUGCCUAUUUCAGGGAAAUGAAAGAAAAUAAUGGAUUGCUUAAAGAGGAGGUAGAAGGUCUCCAAAGAAAACUGGAACGCUAUGAGAAGGUGCAAGCACAGCUAGUGACCAUUGAAUUGGAAAAUGAGAAACUUCUGGGAAAAUUAAAAAGCUGGGAGAAGGUGGACCAGAACAUUGGCUUGAAUAUCAGGACACCUGAUGAUCUCUCAAGGCACAUCGUGGCCCUGCAGCAAAGGGAGCUUGUGCUGAAAGAGCAGAACUCUACCAUCACAAACAGUGCCCGAGCACUGGAGAAGGCCCGACAGCAUUUACAGGAAGAAAUACUGCGGAUUCAGAGCCAGCUCUUGGAUGAGAAGAAGAAGCGUGAGCAGCAUGAGGCGCUGGUCAGACGGCUGCAGAAACGUGUGCUCCUGCUCACCAAGGAGCGUGACGGGAUGCGAGCCAUUCUGGAGUCGUACGACAGCGAGCUGAGCCCGGCCGAGCACUCGCCCCAGCUGAACCGGCGCAUGCGUGAGGCUGAGGAGAUGGUGCAGAAGCUGCACGCCCAUAACACCGAGCUGGAGGCUCAGCUGUCUCAAGUUCUGGAAGAAGUGGGAAAUCAUAAGCAAAGAGCAGAGAUGCUGGAGGUGGAGAUGAAGGUCUUGAAGUCUCAAGAGUGCACAGCUGAGCAAAGUAGCAUCAUCACCAAGGAGGAGGUUGACAUGCUCAGGCUGAAAAUUGAGGAGCUGGAAGCUGAACGCAGCAAGCUGGAAGAGGAGAACAGAUCCCUGCAGAUGAAACUGGAGAAGCUAACUCUGCAGGGUGACUAUGAUCCCAGCAGAACCAAAGUUCUUCAUUUCAGCAUGAACCCAGCGAGCUUGGCCAAGCAGCAGCGCAAGGAGGAGCAGCAGCAGCUCCAGGAGGAGUGUGAAAGGCUGAGGGAGCUGGUGAGGGUGCUUGAAGGAGGCGGCUCCAUCCCUGAGAAUUUGGAAGGAGCUCUUAGUGGCCUUCCUUCGAAGAAAGAGGUACUGAAGCUGAAGAAGCAAGUGGAAAGUGCAGAACUAAAAAACCAGCGUCUGAAAGAAGUUUUCCAGACCAAGAUCCAGGAGUUCCGCAAGGUGUGCUACACACUGACAGGGUACCAGAUCGACAUCACCACUGAGAGCCAGUAUCGACUCACCUCCAUUUAUGCUGAGCACCAAGGGGACUGCCUGCUUUUUAAGGCCUCUAGCUCCUCUGGUGGAAAAAUGCAGCUUCUGGAAACCGAGUUCUCACGAACGAUCCGGGAGCUCAUUGAGCUGCACCUGCUCCGCCAGGACAGCAUCCCAGCCUUCCUCAGCGCCCUCACCCUCGACCUCUUCAGCCGCCAGACCAUUGCUUAA